AUGGCCCAGUUCAUCCAUAACCUCGCAGAGAAGGUCCCAGCGCUAGUGACUACUGCUGUGACUUACUCGAAGCCUCAAUUGGCCACAUUUUGGUAUUAUGCCAAGGUUGAGCUGGUUCCUCCAACCCCUGUUGAGAUCCCUGCAGCUAUUCAGAGCCUGAAAAAAAUAGUCCUCCGUAGUGCUCAAAGUGGUAGCUUCAAACAGCUCACAAUAAAGGAAGCUGUGCUGAAUGGUUUGGUGGCCACUGAAGUGUGGAUGUGCUUUUAUACUGGAGAGAUCAUAGGCAAGUGUGGCAUCACUGGCUAUGAUGUUUGA